CAGGAGGAAACAGCCGCGCGGGUUGGAUGCGAAUGAUAUUUCGCGGGAGAGCAGCAAGCGACAGACUGUCUGCUGUCAACAACAACGGACGAUAACAGCUGCUAAAUUCAUAACGCAAUGAGUUUGUGGGUGGACAAAUAUCGACCGACUUCUCUCGGGAAACUCGACUAUCAUAAAGAGCAAGCAGCUCAGCUGAAAAACCUGGUCCAAUGUGGUGACUUCCCACACUUGUUGGUGUACGGUCCGUCAGGCGCAGGGAAGAAGACCCGCAUCAUGUGUCUGCUGAGGGAGCUGUAUGGAGCUGGCGUGGAGAAACUUCGUAUAGAGCACCAGACCGUCGUGGCUCCCUCAAAGAAGAAAAUUGAGAUUAACACAAUAGCCAGCAACUACCACCUGGAAGUCAACCCAAGUGAUGCAGGAAACCAGGACCGUGUGGUGAUUCAAGAGCUGAUUAAAACGGUGGCUCAGUCUCAGCAGAUCCAGUCGAGCACUCAGAGGGAGUUCAAAGUGGUGUUGCUAACAGAGGUUGAUAGACUCACAAAGGAUGCCCAGCAUGCCUUGCGUCGGACAAUGGAAAAGUACAUGGGCACCUGCCGCCUCAUCCUGUGCUGUACCUCCACCUCCAAAGUCAUUGGGCCGAUUCGGAGUCGUUGUCUGGCUAUUAGAGUUCCUCUGCCAAGCACGGAAGAGGUUUGUAAUGUUCUCACAUCAGUCUGUAAAAAAGAGGGUCUGCUCCUCCCACCCGAACUGGCCAAGCAAAUCUCUGAGAAGUCAGGUCGCAACCUUCGCAAAGCCCUUUUGAUGUGUGAGGCCUGCAGAGUGCAGCAGUAUCCGUUCUCAGUGGACCAAGAAGUCCCAGCGACGGACUGGGAGGUCUACCUGAGAGAAACUGCUAAUGCCAUCGUCAGCCAGCAAAGUCCUCAGAGGUUGUUGGAAGUUCGAGCCAGACUGUACGAGCUGCUGACUCACUGCAUCCCUCCUGAUAUUAUUAUGAAGGGUCUGGUAACAGAGUUGUUGAGUAACUGCGAUGGUCAACUGAAGGCAGAGGUGGCCCACAUGGCGGCCUACUACGAACACAGGCUGCAGCUGGGCAACAAAGCUAUCUACCACCUCGAGGCCUUCAUCGCCAAGUUCAUGGCCAUGUACAAGAAGUUCAUGGAAGACGGGCUGGAUGGCAUGAUGUUUUGACUCUGAAUGGACUUAAAUACAGAUACUUUUCAUGGCAAGAGUUCAUCUUGCUUUAUUGCCCCAACAAGAUAUUUUGCAUUUGAAAAUACACUGCAAAGAUGAGAGAUCUGCAUUAGGACAAUAAAUUGCUUUGUUUACACCAUGUGAAAA